GUUGUUGGUGUGGCUCAAGCAAUCAAUAAGAAAUCUGGAAUUGGUGGCACUUUCACUGAGCAAGAUGAAAAGGAUUUUGCUGCGUAUUUGGCAUUUUGUGGAAUUGUUCUUCACAACGCUCAAUUGUAUGAGACAUCUUUGCUUGAGAACAGGCGUAAUCAGGUGCUUCUUGAUCUUGCCAGCCUGAUUUUUGAAGAGCAGCAGUCUUUGGAAGUAAUUCUGAAGAAGAUAGCUGCCACUAUAAUAUCCUUCAUGCAAGUGCAGAAGUGUACCAUCUUCAUAGUGGAUGAAGAUUGUACUGAUUCAUUUUCUAGUGUGUUUCACAUGGAAUCUGAGGAAUUAGAGGAUUCAGCUGAAAAUCUGAAGAGGGACUAUGAUACAAACAAAAUCAAUUAUAUCUAUGCUCAGUAUGUCAAGAAUACAAUGGAGCCUCUCAACAUCCCAGAUGUCUGCAAAGACAGAAGAUUUCCCUGGACUAAUGACAAUGCAGAAAAUGUAAGUCAGCACAUAAAGAGUUUGCUGUGUACGCCGAUAAAAAAUGGGAAAAAGAAUAAAGUGAUAGGGGUUUGCCAGCUUGUGAAUAAGAUGGAAGAAAACUCGGGCAAAAUCAAGGCUUUCAACAGAAAUGAUGAACAGUUCCUGGAAGCAUUUGUCAUCUUUUGUGGCUUGGGGAUCCAGAAUACACAGAUGUACGAAGCUGUAGAAAGAGCCAUGGCCAAACAGAUGGUGACAUUAGAGGUUCUCUCAUACCAUGCUUCUGCUGCUGAGGAGGAAACGAGGGAGCUGCAGGUAACAGCGGCUGCUGUAGUACCGUCGGCACAAUCUCUCAACCUAACUGACUUCAAAUUCAGUGAUUUUGAGCUCUCAGAUUUCGAAACAACACUAUGUACAAUUCGAAUGUUCACAGACCUCAACCUGGUGCAAAAUUUCCAAAUGAAACAUGAGGUUCUCUGCAGAUGGAUCUUAAGUGUAAAGAAAAAUUACCGGAAAAAUGUUGCUUAUCACAAUUGGAGACAUGCCUUUAAUACAGCGCAGUGCAUGUUUGCUGCUCUAAAAUCUGGUAAAAUUCAGAGCAAACUGACUGACUUAGAAACUCUGGCUUUGCUCAUAGCAACUCUAAGCCAUGAUUUGGAUCACAGAGGAGUGAACAACUCUUACAUACAAAGAAGCGAACAUCCACUGGCUCAACUGUAUUGCCACUCAAUCAUGGAGCAUCACCAUUUUGAUCAAUGCCUUAUGAUCCUGAAUAGUCCAGGAAAUCAGAUUCUCAGCAGCCUUUCCAUUGAAGAAUACAAGGCCACACUGAAAAUGAUAAAACAAGCCAUUCUUGCCACAGACCUAGCACUAUACAUAAAGAGGAAAGGAGAAUUUUUUGAACUUCUGAGGAAGAAGCAAUUUAAUUGGGAAGAUCCUACACAGAAGGAGCUAUUUUUAGCAAUGCUGAUGACUGCUUGUGAUUUAUCAGCCAUAACCAAACCAUGGCCAGUUCAGCAACGGAUUGCUGAGCUUGUCGCUACUGAGUUCUUUGAUCAAGGAGAUAAAGAGCGGAAGGAACUCAACAUAGAACCAACUGAUCUAAUGAACAGAGAGAAGAAAAAUAAAAUUCCCAGCAUGCAGGUUGGAUUCAUAGAUGCUGUUUGUUUGCAGCUGUAUGAGGCCCUAACGCAUGUGUCAGAGGCCUGCUACCCUUUACUGGAUGGCUGUAGAAAAAAUAGGCAGAAAUGGCAAUCCUUAGCUGAACAACAAGAGAAGAAUCUGAUUAAUGGAGAAAGCAAUCAAGCCAAACGGAACUGAGAUGCUGAUU